AUGUUGAAAAAUACAGUAAGGAAAGAAACAGAAUUCGAACUUCUGCUCGGACAUAUUGAGAAGGGAGAAAUGUCAAUGUCGAUCAAAAAUAUUGAUGAAAAUUUGAGAAACAAUAGCUGCAAAUGGCCGUAUAUUGGUUUAGCCAUUCCACUACUGCUUUUUCAAGAACGCUAUGAACAAGUAUUGUCUCUUUUGGAUAUAACGAUUCCACACAUACAUCCCGCAAUUACAAGAGCUUUAAGUGAUGAAAUUUUCUGUAUUAAAUGUGAAACACUGUACGGCAUUCAUGACGACAAUGCGUUGGCGCAAUUACAUUUAUUGUUGACUGAUUGUUCAGACAGUAAACGAGUACCCCGGGACGUACGGCUUGGGAUGAUAUCCGAAAAUACUGAUAUGGAUGAUGUGUCUAAAAUAGAAAUAAUGCAAAGAGAGAAAUAUGAAGAUCCGUCUGAAAAGAUGUAUUGGAAGGCUAUGAUUUUGAAGAACUCUCAAUCAAAAGCGUCCUUACAAGAAGCGAAGUCUUUGGCUGAAAAUGCUUCAAAAACCAAUCCGAAGUCAUGGAAAUGGUUAUUGAUUCUUGGCGAAAUUUCUUUGAAAUUGAAUACCGAAGAUGCAUUUUCUACGUCGGCUUUUGCAGCGAAGAUAAAUCCAUACAGCAGCAAAGCUUUCUUUCUUUUGGGAUUGAGUUUGAAGACAAAAAACCGAAUCAAGGCUAUAGCUUGUUUAGAAAGAGCAGCGAAAAUUCGUCCUCAAGAUACAAAGGUUGUGAAGCUGUUAGACGAACUGCUCAGUUUGGAAGGUCGCAAUGAGGAACUAUUUAAACAUUUACUGCAAUAUUCGAAAAUUGUACCUAAAGAUCUUUGGGCACGAAAAAGGUUGGCGCUACUGGAGCUUCAAAGUGGAAAUAUUGAUGCAGCAAUUGAUCAAAUGCAAUGCAUUGUUGCACUUGAUAAGACAGAUGCUAGGUUCUGGACUACACUAGGAGAUGCUUAUAAAAAGCGUGGGAAUUACCAAAGUGCUAUCAAAGCUUUCAAGGAAGCAAUAAAUCUUGAAUCAGACAAUGAAAUUGCUCAAAUUCAGUUUAUACAAAUGUGCCAAGUUACUGGCCAGUUGGAAGAAGCAAUUGAACAAUGUUUGGAAUUGAUAAGACGUGUUGAAAGUGGCCAAAGUAACACAAAUUGUGUCUAUCUGUUAUAUGCCGAUUCCAUUCUGAAAUUAGCUCAAGAAUCGGCCUACUCCUUGCAGUUUAACCUCUUAAAUAAAUUUUUCGGCUUGGUUGAAAAAGUUUUUGGACAGAAUCCGGGAUUAAUAUUACCCUUCAAACUUGCUUCUGAUGCUCUUUUGUUAGCAUCCAGGUAUCACGCUGAUACUUUCCAACAUUUCGAAUUCCCUAAAACCUGGAAAAUUGAGUCAGUGCUGGAUGCAAGUGAAUUAGCUAUUCGUUUCUAUUGCUUCAUAGUAAAAACACAUCCAAACUGGGCUGGUGCUUGGAAUGAUUUGGGUAUUGCCUUGCUGCGGAAAUGCCAACUUACGGAAGAUAACUCGGGAUAUUGGAAUCUUAUCGAGUGUUUUAAACGUGCUAUUAAACUUUGCCUAUCGAAAACAACAAAAUCGAUAUAUUGGACAAAUCUUUCGGAAGCAGUUGGAUUAUCAGGGAAUCCUUUAACGAUACAGCACUGUCUUAUACGGGCUUUGCAGUUGAACAUAAGAAACGAUACUGCUUGGUUUUUGCUUGGUUUAUUGUAUUUGAAGUUCAAUCAGUAUGAUUUAGCACGACAGGCUCUUAAUAUGGGCCAGAAAAUUAAUCCCGAAUCAGCAGAAAUUUGGUGUAUUUUAGCAACAUUGGCAGAAGCAGAAAAUCAUUAUGAUACGAUGGAUUUAUAUAGACAUUCGUUAACUCUCAGGCCUACUGAGCUGGCAGUGAAAAAAUAUACGUAUUACAUGAUGAAAAAUUUAGCUGAAGGUAAACAAUCUGAUGAUGCAACAAUGUUCGAUUUUGAAUCUGUUCACGAAAUUAUUGGUGUAAGUAAGCGCACUGACGAAUUUAUUUUCUUCGUAAGCUUAUUGGCUGAACAUUUCUGGUAUAUGGAUUAUGCGAUGCAUUAUAUCACUUGUUGUCAUGAUUGGCCAAAUGAGAAUAUUUGCAAAUUGCAUAAACAACGAAUAGCAUUACGAAGUGGUAAUCAACAUUUACUGGAAAAAACAGAUGCACUUCAAAAUUUAUGUGUUUUGUAUUCAUCAACUACACUCGAAAUCUAUGGGAAAUUACUGCUCGAAUGUCCGACUUAUGCGCAACUUUUUUUCACUCUUGAACGAAAUGAUGUCGAACACUUUCGUACAAUUUUGAUGAAUUCGAAAAAUAAAAUACAAAUUCCUCUUUUCAUUGCUGCUGUUAUUUAUUUCCAAAAAAAAUUGAAUGAUGAUUUCGUUAAUGUUCUGCGCGACGUAAGGCCACGUCAUCGGAUUGUACUUCUUUAUCCGGCUUGUAAGCAAGAUGAUGAAACUGAUGAAUUUUCAUAUAAUAUAAAUGAAGAAUUAGGCGAAAAAACUAUUGUACGAUAUGAUAAUAUGUCAAAGCGGUUAUGCGAUCUGUUGGCAUUGCGCAUUGAUCAUGUAGUGAACAGCAUUGGAAGCAACGUCUCAGAAUGA